AUGGACAUCCCUGGGGGACUGCGCUUCCGGCGAGCGGCUACCGGAGCGUGCAUUCUUGAGGUCCCUGGAGCAUCUAGCGGGGAAAAGGCUGACAAACUAGCUGAAGCGAUCCAACAGCAGAUUGGCGCGGAGAAGGUACGGGUGUCUAGGCCAACUAAAACCGUUGACAUUCGCGUCACUGGCUUGGACGAGUCGGUGUCCGCAGAAGAGGUGGUCGCGGCGGUGACACGAACUGGAGAAUGUACCGUUGACAUGGUGAAGGCCGGAGAAAUACGCCAGGGUUUCUCAGGGCUCGGAACAGUGUGGGUUCAAUGUCCCAUAGCGGCUGCAAAGAAGAUAGUGGCUGGGGGUCGCCUACUGGUAGGAUGGGUCUCAGCGCAAGUGAAGCUGCUAGAGAAGAGGCCUUUACGAUGCUUCCGGUGCUUUAGAAAUGGGCAUGUAAGGGCGCAAUGUCAGGCGGAAACGGACCGAUCUGAAAGCUGUUUCCAGUGUGGCAAAGAGGGUCACAAAGCGGCACAAUGCACUGCGGCGCCACACUGUGCCGAGUGUGCGGCAGCCGGCAAGCCGUCGGAGCACAGAAUAAGCAGCAAGGCGUGCACUGCGCCCAAAACUGCCGGAAAAAGUAGGAAGACCAAAGCUGCUGAUGGCCCCCAGGCCCCCUCGCAGCCGGUCAAGUCGCCCGCCAUGGAACAGGUCGCGACGGAGGCGGUUCAAAAUAUGGCCGUCGAUUAA